CGACAACAACGACAACAUCAGUAUCGAGAAAAUUAAUGAAAAAAUUAUUACUUUCUAGCUUAUUUUUCAUAAUACUAAUAUCGAUAGCCAUCGAUAUUGUUGUUGUUGAUGCAAAUAUUAAUAAUGAUGACCACCGAACAAAUAAACAAUCAUCAUCAUCAUCAUCAUCAUCAAUGAACAUAUCGUUAACAACACGUUUAUUAUUGGCUGAUACAAUAUUAGCUGAAACAAAUUUAGACGAUGCUAUUAAAAAAUUGAUCGAUAAUUGGCAUUUAGUUCAUAAUAAUAAUAAUAAUAAUAGAUUUUCCAAUUUAUCCGUGAUCUCAUUAUCAUCAUCAUCAUCAUCAUCAUCACCGACAACAAAAUUAUCAUCAUCACAACAACAACAAGUCAAUCAUGAAAGAUCUCGAAGAUGGACAAACAAUAACAAAAAUCAUACGUCAUCUAUGAAUGAUAAUGAUGAUCGAAUGUUGUCAGAUGAUUCAUCAUUAUCAUCAUCCUCAUCAUCUGUUUAUUAUUCAAAUUCAUCAUCAUUAUCACCAUCAUCAACUAUAAAAAAUAACAAAGUUCCAUUGAAGAAUUCGGAAUCGAAAUCAAAUCAUCAUCAUAAUCAUCAUUCAAUGAAAAUCACUACUAAAUCACAACAACAACAGCAGCAACAACAAUCACAAAUGAUACGAAUGAAUCGUAAUUGUACAUCAUGUUUAAAUGAUGAACAUACUAGACAAUUACGUAUUGAAUCAAUUAAAAUGAACAUAUUGAACAAAUUGAAUAUGGAACGUGCACCAAAUGUUAGCAUACGACUAUUGCCAAAAAUACCGCCAAUAAAUUCAAUGUUGAAUCGUUUUUCACAAAUGAUGAAUGAUCAAUCAUCAUCAUCAUCUGAUGGUACACCAAAAAUGAUGACAAAAAUUCUUGGCAUAAACGAUUAUUUUGGACCAAUUAAUAAUCUUGAUUUUGGUACUGCCAAUGUUGAUGAUAAUGAUGAUGAUAAUGAAUUUGUUAGUACGGAAAAAUCAAUCGUUUUUGCUCAACAACAACCUCCAUUCGACCGUAUCGUUGAUCAAGAUUUACGUUUACAAUAUUUUAAAUUUCCAUCCAAUAUCUAUCAUUUACAUGUACAGAAAGCAUUUCUAUGGCUUUACAUGAAAGGUUCAUCAUCAUCAUCAUCAUCAUCAUCACAAUUGAAAACAAAUUCAUGGAUAGUCAUCUAUCAGGUUGUACGUAAUGGUCAUACACCAUUAGUUUUGGUGAAAUCAAAACGAAUAUCAAAUAAUAUAACACGUAAAGGUGGUUGGAUACAUUUUCGUAUGGAAAAAUUAUUAACAAAAUGGUUUGAAAAUCCAGAAACAAAUCUUGGCAUCGUUAUACAUGCAUAUGAUAAUAAUGGACAACAGAUUAGUGUUAUACAUAGUGAUGAUGUUGAACAGGAUUCACCAUUGAGACCAUUCAUAGAAAUUGGUGUGGAUCGAAAAAACCCAUCACAAUCGAUACGUCGUAAACGUACCAUUGGUUUAAAUUGUGAAGAUAAAUCAGCUGAAGUACGUUGUUGUCGUUAUCCAUUAACGGUGGAUUUUGAACAAUUUGGCUGGGAUUGGAUUAUAGCACCAAAACGUUAUCAAGCCAAUUAUUGUAGUGGUGAAUGUCCAUUCGUAUUGAUGAAUCAAUAUCCACAUACACAUUUAAUACAACAGAUUAAUAUGAAUGCAAUUGGACCAUGUUGUUCACCACGGAAAAUGUCUUCAAUAUCGAUGCUUUAUCUGGAUAGUGAUUAUAAUGUCAUUUAUGGAAUUUUACCCAAUAUGGUUGUUGAACGUUGUGGUUGUUCAUAAAGAAUUUAUUCAUAUUUUAUAACCAAUCCAUCACCACUACCAGUACCACCACCACCACCCAAUUCAUCCACAUUUCAUUCAUUACAUCCAAUUUUCAACUAUAGUUGGCAUUCCAGCUUUAAAAAAUAUAUAAUUCGAAACAAACAAACGAAUCAAAUAUCUGGAUAAUCAAAUUGAUUAUAAUCACAAAAACACACACACA